AUGGCCUUGAACAUUGCUCUUGUCGGCUACACCGUCACUGUGCUCUCCCGGUCAGAAUCAAAUUACACACUCCCAGCAAACUCGCCUACCACGCUCAAGAAAGUCAAAUACAAUAACCAUACGUCCCUCGUGGAGGCCCGGCCAGGACGCCGUUGUUUCCGCCAUCGCGGGAGAAGCAACGGCAAACCAAACCAAAAUAAUAGACGCUGUUAUCGAAGCGGUUCGUUCCAACCGAGUAUGGAAUUGAUACCUCGAACCCCGCGGCCGUGGAAAGAGUGCCGUUCUUCAGGAUCAAGGAAAAUGUGA